AUGAAGCAACAAAAUAAUCAAUUAACUACAUCCGCUUAUCAAUUUAGAAAAAGAAAAUUUUUGACCUUAAUCUUAGUAACUAUUGUUUUUUUUCUAUUGACUUUAUCUUAUUUUACACCAUCAACACCUUUUGCUCAAGAAACUGCCAGUAAACAACAUUAUUCUGUCAUCACCAGAACAACUGAAUUUGUUAUUGAAAAGACUCAACAAGACGAAGAAAAUGAUUAUCCAACGAUCACUGUUUCUGCAGCAGAUACAGCUACUACCACAGAACUGAUGCCACCACCAUCACCAUCAGUAGAAGAAAGUACCGUCACUUUUCCAAAUAAUUGUACAAAAGAUUUAUCUAGAAAUUCAAAUAUUUUCCCAAAUCAUUAUAAUUUGUUAUUAAUAAUUUCUUCAAGGAUUGAAGACUUUAAUCAGAGAAAAUUAUUGAGGAAAUUGUUAUUCAACAUAAAUGAUAAUUUAAUACCUUGUAUGCAUCAAGACAAUAAUGAACAACCCUUUCAUAAUAUCUAUUAUCAAUUCCUAGUAAAAAAUAUAAAAGGUAAAAAAACUAAAGAUUAUGAUGGGGAGGUAAGAAGAAAUUUUAUAGCAGAAAAAAUGGAAUUUAAUGAUUUGACAGACAUUACUAGUGAUGAUGGUGAUGAUUGGCAAACUUCAAUGUUAAAAUGGUCUCAAAAUUUAAAUGAUGAAUUAUGUAUAUCGUAUGACUUUCUAGCGAUUCAAGAUUCCUUAACUUUACCAAAUUUAGUCAAACUUCAAAAGAUCCUAUAUUCAAAAACGCAUUUGAUAGGAAACAACAAAAUAAAUAAUAAACAGAAUUUAAUUUGGGGAUCGUUUAGAACAAAUUUAACUGACAAUAUGUUCACUGUUUUAGAAUGGCCAAAUUCAAUCAACAGUAUAUCAUCUAAUAUAGAUGAUGUGAUUGCAAUAGGUAAUAUUUAUCAAGAUUGGAUUAUGACAGAUUUAUCAUCAGGUUUAUCGAUAGAACCGAUAAUACCAUGCAAAUCCAGAAUGAAUUUAAAAAAAAGCAGUACAAUUUUAAAUUAUUACAAGAAUGAUGAUUUAAACAAAAGUUCUAGACAUUCAGUAGCUAUAAUAACAAGCAGCUACUUAUAUGCAGACAAUUGUAUGAAUAUUGCAGCUGCUUUAUCUGCUGAUAAUAAACGUGUUUAUGCUAACAAACAUGGUUAUGCAUUUGUGGCUAGAUCUACAGAAUACUGGCAACAAACAUUCCGUAGACGUCAUAAAGUAUGGGGAAAACUUGAUUUCGUAGAAACUAUAUUACCAUAUUAUGAAUGGUUGGUUUGGUUGGAUAUGGAUGCGAUUAUUGUUAAUCGUACAUUUUCUGUUGAACAAUUCUUUGAAAGUAUUAAAGAAAGAAUGAUUAAAUCAAAUGAUACACGUGAUUUUAAUAAUAUAAAUUUCAUUGUGGCUAGACCAUCUGGUGAUGACAUGAUAAAUGCCGGAGUGUUUUUUAUUAGAAAUACAAAUUGGGGCUUUAGAUUUUUAAGAGCAGUUCAAGGCAGAAUUGAUAGAGCCUACAGAGGAAUGAAAGAACAACAAGCCUUAAGGGAUGCAAUAGCAAAACCUGAAUGGGUAAACCAGAUUUACUAUAUUAAUGAAGAAGAUCAUGUUAUAAACACUUUUCCUGAUCGUUAUUUACCAGGCGAUUAUAUUUUACAUUAUGCACCUGAAGAGGGUUGUCCUGCCAUACCUGUUAUGAAUGGAUUGCAAAAACUUGAAAAACUUGAAACAAUUAAAGAUUAUAAGAUUGAAUUACCAUUUUAA